UCAAGUUCGGUGGGAGCUUGGGAAAAAAAACCAAAACACUGUGUACCAAACCAAACCUUCUUCAUCAAGACAUCGGAAACUUCAAUUCCGAUACCUAAACCGAAUCGACAACCAAACAAAUUACAAGUACUCUCCGAAAAUCUAUAUAUAUAUAUAUAUAUACACGUAUAGCGGGAGAAAGACAGAGAGAUUGAGAUUUGAGAAGUUUUAAAGAGAGAGGGAGAGAUGGAUUUUGAGCUAAGAAGAGCGAGAGAGAAGCUAGAGAGAGAACAGAAGGAGAAGAAAGAGAGGGCCAGGUUGAAAUCGGAAAGAGAGAAGAAGGCCAAACAAGAGGCUGCUCGUCAACGAGAGGCCAUUGAAGCCGUACAGAGGGCUCGAAGGCUCGAUGCCGCCGAAGCCGAACUUAAGGCGAACGAACAAAUGGAAGAAAACCUACUUGCUGGGAGAGGAAUUGUGUUUUAUUGCGUUUUAGAAGCUGUACGUUAUCAGGGUAUGGGAGAUAAGAUCAAAUUACCACAAUCAUGCUUCACGGAGUUGUCUGAACAAGGUGCUUUUGACAAAGGACCCUUGCACUUUCAGUUGUCAGUAGUUCAGCAAGAGGCUCCUUCAGAUAUGAAGGCUGUUGAAGGGAAAAAUUACGGGACAACACAUGCUGGUGUCCUGGAAUUCACUGCCGAGGAAGGUUCUGCUGGGCUUCCUCCUCAUAUAUGGAGCAAGGUAUUCCCUGUCAGUACUCCAGACACAUCUUUAGUCGAAGUGCGAUAUGUUUGGCUGCCGAAAGGAACUUAUGCAAAGCUUCAACCAGAAGAAUUUGGCUUUUCAGACAUACCCAAUCACAAGGCUGUCCUUGAAACAAGCCUGCGCCAACAUGCAACUAUUUCUCAAGAUGAUGUGCUUACAGUCAAUCACGGUGCACUGUCUUAUCAUUUGCGUGUUCUCGAGUUAAAACCUUCUUUGAGCGUAUCUGUCCUCGAAACAGAUAUUGAGGUUGACAUUAUGGGUUCUGAUUCAACUUCCGAAAAAACAAAUCAGCAUGUAUUGACACCUCUCACGUUUGGGAAGUCAGAACCUGGAAAGGUGGAGGAGGAGAAUUAUAUCUACUACAAGUUUUCAAUAGAUGAUGAUACCUGGAGGAAAAUUUCUUCAGGAGAUGCCAAUAUUGAGGUAAAAAUAGAAUCAGAGACACUUGAUGGAGAUAUUGAUUUGUAUAUCUCUAGGCAUCCUCUUUUAUUCCCAAGCAGGCACCAGCAUGAAUGGUCUUCUCAUGAUAUGGGUUCAAAGACUCUGGUUCUUAGCUCUAAGGACCAGAGCUUGGGAGCAGGUACUUACAGUAUUGGUUUAUAUGGCUUCAAAGGAACCACAAAAUACCAGUUAUCAGUAAAUAUUGAAAAUAACUCCAACCGUAAGCUGGGUCAGCAAGCUGUGUCUUCCUCAUCUUCUAUGGAGGUGGAUACUGUAGAGUGCAUGAAUUGCAAGCAUUAUAUACCUUCUAGGACCAUAGCUUUGCAUGAGGCCUAUUGUAGAAGACACAAUGUCAUCUGCCAGCAUGCUGAUUGUGGGGUUGUUCUUCGGAUCGAGGAGGCCAAGAACCAUGUCCACUGCGAUAAAUGUGGGCAAGCUUUUCAAAAAGGAGAGAUUGAGAAGCACAUGAAAGUGUUCCAUGAGCCACUUCACUGUCCCUGUGGAAGUGUCUUUGAGAAGGAACAGAUGGUGCAACACCAGUCGUCAGAUUGCCCCUUGCGCCUAAUUACAUGCCGGUUCUGUGGUGACAUGGUUCAAGCUGGGACUUCUGCUGCAGAUGUGCGAGACCGGUUAAGAGGCCUGACAGAGCAUGAGAGUCUUUGUGGGUCCCGAACUGCCCCCUGCGAUUCAUGUGGCCGUUCAGUUAUGUUGAAAGAUAUGGACAUUCACCGAAUUGCUGUUCAUCAAAAGAACUGAUCCCAGAAUCACUCUUUUGGUUUGUGAUUCAAAAACAGUUCUCUAUUUAAAUAUUAAAGGGCACUGGCGGUUUUGCUGCCACUAGCACAAUAUCUUGCAGGCGUGUUACAAAAUGUCCACGUCUGAAUUGCAGAAUCGAAUUCGAUCGCCUCGUGGAAUUUGUAAUAAUUUAUGUAUUCUUACAUUGGAUGAGGCUGAUCACUGAUGCAGUAUAAUAGAAAAUGUUGAUCACGAACUGCUUCUGUACCAUUGUACUGUUGUGAUUUGUGUACAUGAUUGUGAGGCGCUGCAAUGCUUGCUCCAGUAAUUCCUUUUGUUUUUGCUUUUCCUAAAUUUUCUUCAAUGACAGGACAUAAACCAUUGUUUCAUUUGAAUUAUCA